AUGAAAAAAGUCCAAAGCGCAAAUUGUGAGUCGCUGGAAAAUCCCACCGAACGGGAAAGUGACUCCUACGAUGCGAAUAAGGUAAGCCAUUUUGUGGGAGAGCAAGAAGGGAGGAAAAUACCCAUUGAUGAAAAUGGCCCCAACGCAGGGGGGAAUAACACUAGUAGACAUAACGCUGAAGGGGGUGAAGGGACAACCCCCAAUAACGCUGACAAUAACAAUGUCCCCAACGAUAGUACCAACGUAGACGUGGAAGAUAAAAUAAUUAGGAAAUAUCUGAGCAAGCGGAUGAGUAACAUAGGCUUAACCCCCAUGAGAGGGGGUGACAGUGGAGGAGAAGAAAGUGCAGAAGAAAGGGAAAAACAAAAGGCAGACGGAGGUGGAAACCUUAGCAGAGGCGGAUGUUUGGGUGAAAGUCUUGUUAACGGAGGAGAGGGACAGUCCCCCAAACGUCCAUGCGAACUGCCCAAAGAACACGUCAAUAUCAUAAGCGACAGCAACAGUAGCAGUGACGGGGAUGACGUGCCGCUGCUGAAAACGCUCAACAUUGAAGAAACAAAAGUGCGAAUCAAAAUGGGAAACACAACGGGAACCUAUGGCGAUGACGCUGUCGCGAAAAUCGGAAGUGCAAUUCUAAAGAAGCGCAAGACGCACGAAGGGGCAGAGAAAAUAAAAAAUAUUAAACGUUCCCGUAUCAAUGGGGACAUGCAAAGUGGAAACAAAAACAGGGACACCGAUCCUGAGUCAGAUGCAAGUAGCGACGACGAAUACUUGAUUAACCUUAUUAACAGGAACGGUGGUAGUGACGACCUCCAGGGCAGUAAAAAACAGCAGAAUGCAAGAAAAGGCGCUUAUCGCCGUUUAAAUGAGAAGGCUAGCAGAAAGACAAGAAUGAGUGAUAACCGUGGGGAAGGAAGCGACUCCUCAGCAGACGACGACAGCACAUCCAGCUGCGAUUCGGACGAACCCAUCCUUGUAAAAAGUAAACUAAAAAAUCAAACCAAUUAUCCCCCAAGUGGGGUAGGCAGUAGUAACGAUAGGCACAGCGGAUUGGUGCAGACAAUUUCCAGCACUGGUGACAGCGUCAGGGCUCAGAAUAACGGCGUACGUAACAAUGACACAAAACAGGUUAUAUCGAAAGGCAACGCACAGGUAGCAGUAGUUAACAGUAGUGCAGCCGCAAGGGGGAAAAAUGCCUCCUCAAAAGCGCAUGCAUCCCCUAAAACGCGUGUAUCGUCUAAGACACGCGCUGCCCCAAACGCCAAGGGAAGUGCUGCUAAAAAAAAAAAAUCGAAAAAAAAUAUAGGAAAAAAAAAAAAACAAAACAGCAAAGGUGCACAGAAAGGGGGCACCAAGGAGGCGCGGCAAAAAGGCGUAGCGGCUAAAAGGAUAAAGAAAGGCAGCAAAGGAAGUAGCCACGCAAAAGGGAGAAAUCACGCCAGCCGCAAUGAUAAACGAAAGAGCAGGCACAGCAGUGACGACCUCGAAAAUAGCUUCAGUCAAAGCAACGACAUCGAAACGGAUUCCAUCGUUGUAGGCACCUUCGACCCGCACAAUCGGACCCCCAAGGAAAAGCUCGUUGCACAGUUACUCAUUCGCUGGUGGUAUGUCCUACCGGACUGGCCAACACCCGACUUUAAUUACGAGCCAGAAUUGACGAGAAGAAAGUUGAGGUUAGUCCCCCUGGAAGAGUACGAAGAUGAGGAAGACAUUAACAAAGAGGGAUUUAGAAAGGUAUAUGAAAUUUCUGCCUUUCCGGGGGUCUUUCGAGACGCAACUGGACAGGCAUAUGACUUAAGGGACAAGGAAUCCUGCCCAUGUUACAACAACUUUAUGAAAAAAACAGAAUUAGAGUUGCUAGAAUUAAUCUGCCAGGCGAUAAGGAACCAAAUAGAAUCUUUGAAAAAGUCCAUCUACGAUGAAAGCGGCACGGAGAAGACUCUCGAAAGGCAGCUGAAAGACGCAGAGGUGAAGCUGAACAAAAUGACAAAAAAAAAGGCAACAAAAACAAAAGCGGGGGAGGACCUCAAUGAAGUACCCGAGGAGGAAUCCGAGGGAACACCUGCUUAG